UCUAGAUGUUCUUUUCAGGUAUAGAGUCAACAUUGUGGUGAACUCGGAAAGCAUACAACUCGCUGAAGAGUGUUUGCUGUCUUCACAUUAUCAUUAGAAACAAAAAGUGACUGGACGUCUGUCAUUAUGGGUCAGAGUCAGAGUAGUGGAUCGGGUGGUGGAGGUCAGGGAAGUGAUGACAAGAAGGACAAAAAGAAAAAAUAUGAACCUCCUGUACCCACUCGGGUUGGCAAGAAGAAGAGGAGGAUGAAGGGACCAGAUGCCGCUAACAAAUUACCUUUAGUCACACCUCACACUAGAUGUCGUUUGAAGAUGCUAAAACUUGAGCGUAUCAAGGAUUACCUCCUCAUGGAGGAAGAGUUUAUUCGCAACCAGGAGACACUCCGCCCACAAGAAGAAAAGCAAGAGGAGGAAAGAAGUAAAGUUGAUGACUUGAGAGGAACCCCAAUGAGUGUGGGUACCUUAGAGGAGAUCAUUGACGAUAACCAUGCCAUUGUUUCGACCAGUGUUGGGUCAGAACACUACGUGUCUAUACUUUCCUUUGUUGACAAGGAUCAAUUGGAACCAGGUUGCUCAGUCUUAUUAAAUCACAAGGUUCAUGCUGUAGUAGGAGUAUUGAGUGACGACACAGAUCCAAUGGUGACUGUCAUGAAGUUAGAAAAGGCACCACAGGAGACUUAUGCUGAUAUUGGAGGUCUGGAUAACCAAAUUCAGGAAAUCAAAGAGAGCGUGGAACUUCCAUUGACUCAUCCAGAGUACUAUGAGGAGAUGGGUAUCAAACCACCCAAGGGUGUCAUCCUUUAUGGCCAGCCAGGCACUGGAAAGACAUUGCUUGCGAAGGCAGUAGCUAACCAAACUAGUGCCACCUUCCUUCGAGUUGUAGGGUCUGAGUUGAUUCAGAAAUAUUUGGGUGAUGGACCAAAAUUGGUUCGUGAACUAUUCAGAGUUGCAGAAGAACACGCACCUAGUAUUGUAUUUAUCGAUGAGAUUGACGCCGUAGGAACUAAACGAUACGACUCAAAUUCAGGUGGUGAGAGGGAGAUCCAACGUACCAUGUUAGAACUUUUGAACCAGCUUGAUGGAUUUGAUUCCAGAGGAGAUGUAAAGGUCGUUAUGGCAACAAAUCGGAUUGAAACUUUAGAUCCAGCCCUUAUUCGUCCAGGUAGAAUUGAUCGUAAGAUUGAAUUUCCUCUCCCUGAUGAGAAGACCAAGCGUCGUAUAUUCCAAAUUCACACCUCCCGUAUGACACUGGCUGGUGAUGUAAACUUGGAUGAGCUUAUAAUGUCCAAGGACGACUUGUCAGGUGCCGAUAUCAAGGCAAUAUGUACAGAAGCAGGUUUGAUGGCACUGCGUGAACGCCGCAUGAAAGUAACGAAUGAAGAUUUUAAGAAGUCCAAAGAAAAUGUAUUAUAUAGAAAGAAAGAAGGGUCUCCAGAAGGCUUAUAUCUUUAAUUAAUUUUUUUAUAUUAAGCUUUGGGAGAGAUAUUUGUUUGUGUAAUAGCAUUAUUAACUAAUACAUUUUUCACUAAACUGGACUUUUGUCAUUAAUUUUUUAAUUUAUAAAGAAUAUGGAUUCCCUUAGUACAGGAAACAUUCAUACUAUAGGAUUUUUCUCGUAUAAUAAAGAGAAAAAUGGUAAA